CCUGAAGAUACGUUAUUGUUAGUAUGAAUCGUACAUUUUCAAACUCGAGUAACGAUAACCUAAGCUUACUUCAGAACGGAGGAACUGAAUUACGGGCAUCUUCUGAAACUGCGAGUUAUACUUAUGGUGAAAACGGAUCACAUCACCACCAAGAGUCUUAUACCAUUGAAGAAGCUGUAAACGCAGUAGGAUUUGGAAAGUUUCAAUGGAAGCUUACAUUUGUGUCAAGUCUUGCCUGGAUGGCAGAAGCUUGUGAGGUAAUGAUUUUGUCCUUGUUAGGAAGGUUCCUAUCCUGUGAGUGGUUGAUCACUUCUUUUGAGGUGGCACUGCUUUCAUCGGUUGUAUUUAUUGCAAUAGCUUUUGGAUCUUUGAUAAUUGGGAAACUUGAAGAUAUUUAUGGACGUAAGAAGGUCAUUAUAAGUUGCUCUUGUAUGCUCAUUGUAUUUGGAAUCCUGAGCGCAGUUUCGCCAUCUAUCAAGUGGAUGUUUGUUUUUCGUGGAUUUCUUGGACUCUUCGUGCACGGAUUACAGAGCGCAAUGGUUCUCUAUAUGGAGUACCUUCCUACUAAUAAGCGAGGACAGGCUGCGAUGUCACUUGCUAUUUUCUGGGGUAUCGGUUCACUUCUUGUAAUAGUGGUAGCAAUGGCCGUUAUGACAACGAUAAAUUCCUGGAGAACUGUUCUACUGAUCAUCGUCGUUCCUAUUGUAGUAUUCCUGUUUUUCUCUAUGUGGUAUCCGGAAAGUGCACGUUACCUGCUCGUCUGUGGAAAGAAGAAAGAAGCAGCAAAGAGCUUAUCCAAAAUGGCGGAGGAAAACGGCAAACCCUUGCCGACUGGCAAUCUAGUACUGCCCCCUUCUGGCUUACAGCACGGCUCUAUAAUAAAUUUGGUGAAACAACAAAAAUCACUUUUUUUAAUUUUAUGUUAUGCAUGGGUCUCUUUGAUGUUCACAUACUACGGUAUAACAAUUUUAACUCCAGAAAUAAUCAUGUACGAUGGAUUAGCAUUCAAUGGAGAAGAGAGACAAAAUCACUCUGCCAACAAUAUCACUUCAGACAAAUACAUACAGUGUAGACCAUACUUGAUCUCUGAGUACCUUGAAAUACUCUGGACUACUGCAGCAGAGUUGCCGGGUAUAUUUGCUAGUUACUUUCUAGUCGAGAGGUUCUCACGAAGAAGAUUAAUGUGCAUGAUGCUUUUGGUCUACAUUGCAUGUACUUUGUCCCUUUUAAUAGAUAACUUGCCCGCAGCUGUUCUGCUUCUCGUGUUAUUUGUAGAUAGAGGAGCCAUUGCAGGAUGCUUCCAGAUUCUUUUAGUGUACACAAUAGAGGCCUAUCCAACUACCAACCGAGCAUUAGCAUUUGGUUUCUACUCAAGUUUUGGUCGUAUAGGAGCUAUCCUCACACCAUUUGUAGCCCAAUUGCUAGUGGAAGUCCAACCCAAGUUGGCCGGAGGUAUCUAUGCACUUGCAGCCUUUCUGGUGGCAAUUUCCAUAUUUUUUUUACCUUUCGAUACUAAAGGAAAAGAACUUCAAGAGCACUAAGAAUCCUCCAAGAUGACUCAAGUACCCGGAUGAUCUACCAUCUGACAUGGUUACUGUUGAAUUUUUUUCGAUAUCUGACAUGUUGUGUGUGUAUAUUAUAUACAUUUUUGGACGUGGGGGUAAUGGUAUGAAGUUGGUAACUCAAGUACCUGGAUGAUCUAUUAUCUAGCAUGGUUAUUUGUGAAAUUUUGUGAUAUCUAACAUGGGUGUGUGUGUGUGUAUUAUAUUACUUUUUUGGAUGUGGGGUGGGGGAAAUAAUAUGAAAUUAGCAAUCCAAAUGCUUGGAUGAUCAACUAUCUGACAUGGUUACUGUUUAAAUAUGCUUUUAAGUGCAAAAUGUUGUAUAUACUUUAUACAAUAGUAAAAGCGAUAUUGUUAUGACGUAUUAUAAACUGUA